AUGCGAACGCUGUGGGAGUACUGUCUGCUUUCUCUCCUUCUUGAUGAGAAGGUGAUGACGCCCCCCGGCCAGGUCCUGCUUCCGGAUGACCUGCGGGAGCGGAUGUGGGGGUACGGUGUACGCAACUUCUUGUUGUUGCCCCGGAACGUGGGGUGGCUGCUGGGUCCCAACACCACGCGGCUCAGCCUCUAUGGGUACUCGCACACGAAGCGGGCCUUCCUCGAGCACAUCAUCUCCACGCCCGGUCUCGCCACAGGCUUGACCUCACUCAACCUCCAUUGCAACUUUCGAGUCGAAGAUGAUGGCUUUGCGUGCAUUGCGAGGUGCACCAACCUGGAAUCUCUCGUUCUCUACGGCUGCGUGGGGCUGACGGACUCGAACCUCAUCGACAUCUGCGGCGGCUGCUCCAAGAUCACCUUCCUGGACAUUGGGUAG